CUCGGCCUCCCAAAGUGCUGGGAUCACAGGCAUGAACCACCAUACCUGGCCAGCACUAGAGUUUUAAGAACCUGAAGGGUACCCAAUUCAAAAUAAAAGUAGGCUUGGUUAUUCCAAAAUCAAGUAAAGAGGAAGCAGGCAACAGUUCUGUUUUGCAGCUUAAAUGGAGCAAGGAUUGAGAAGCCAGAACCAAACCAUAGCAGCUCUUUUCCUACUCAGUUCAAAGAACGUUUAGCAGCAUGGAUAUACCAGCCUACCCAUAGAGCAAACAUAAAUGAACAGCCUCAGCUGCUAGGGCUCAUGUUUCCAAAGCUUAGAAGGGCAGUAGCUGCAAAACUAGCUAGUCUCAUAGUGACACUAUGUUCCCAGGCAGGGAACAUUCUAGAGAUCAAAUUGGUUGAGAAUGAUUUUGUGAAUUAGCAUUCAUUUUUAAAUACCUCUCAGAAGACUGAUGUUUGAAGGGUCCAACCUCUUGUUGAACUUGGCUUUUUAAUUGAGUAUAUUUCUUUGAAAGGUUGGUUUAUUUGGUUAACAACUUCUGAAUUACGAGUAACAGGUUUGGUUCAGUUAAGAAAGUGGACAUUGUAGAUUUCCUGACCAAGUAUGUCAUGGUAAAAUUAGGCAGGUGCAGCUAUCCAGUUGUCCAAGCCACUUGAGUGCCCCAGUGUUUCUGGUGAGCAGGCAAUAGUCCCUAAGCACUGAAGCAGGGAAGGCUUUUAAACCAGGAAGGGACUGGCGGCGAGAGGAAGAUGUAUCCCACAGCAUGCAGUGUAGGAUAGCAUCCAAGGAUGGGCUGCAGGCAUUGAGACCUGUUGGAGCUCACCGUGGCCAGAGCCACAGCAAGUCAGAAGUGGUGGUGUCAGGAAUGCAGAGGGAAGGAUGGCUGUAAUUCAUGUUUGGAAGGAUCACUGGGAUCUGGUAAGAAGGUACUAGAUUUUUCAGGGAGUAGGUGAUGAAUAAAGCGAAGACAGCUUGGUAAUCUGCACCCUGGUAACUACAAGCAUGGUGCUGUCAUCAGUUGAGACAGAAGAAGGGUGGUGGGAAACGGCAGAGGAGCUGGUCUGUGCGGAAGACAAAUCUGGCUUAGGAUAAGGAUUGGGAAACUAUAGUAUAGUUUCUGUAUAGCCCGUGACUCUAGUUCUGUAUAGCCUGUGACUAAGAAUUGCGUUCACCUUUGUUAAAACAAAGAAGCAUAUGUGACAGAAAACACUGACCAAGCCUCAAAUAUGCACUCUAGCUCUUCCCAGAAGUUUGCGGUCCUGGUUUAGAGCACAUUGGCUAUGAAUGGGGCCUCUCAGGAGUUGGUUGGAGUCAGCAGGGGAGGGAAAUGGGGCCUGAGGCAGCAGUGCAGCCCUGGGCCGUGUGUGCGUCCUCCUCUCAGCUGGGGUCAAAGCAGAGGACCCAGGAAGAGGGCACCAGACUCACCUGGCAUGAAUAGGCAAGGAGCAGCAGAGGGACAGGCGAGGAAGAGGAGGAGAUUCCAGAGGCCCAAGAAGGGGGUUUCACAAGGAGCUUUUGGUGCAGCCCCAGGAGUCAGGGCAUAGUGGGAUGGGGAGAAGCUGAAUAUUUGGUCACAAGCAAGGGGGGUGAUUUUUAAGAGAAGAGCUUCUGUAGAGGGCUAGGCACAGAAUCCAGAUGGCAUGUGCUUUCACAGGGCGGGCAGUAGCCACUGGUAUUAGAUCAUAAUUGUUGUGACUGCAAGGUCAGCUGAAGGCAUUUUCAAGAUAGGGAGAUUGGAGCAUUUGUGAAGCCAUGAGAUUCAAGCCACAGAACAUGGGAAAUUAGCAUCUUUGGUUCAGAGGAGCGGACAGUGGGUGGUGGGGUUCUGAGCAGGGGUGGAAGGGUUGUUUGAUGGAAGAGGAGGAGGAGAAUGCCCUGGAAGAUUCUCGAGCAUGGCUCAGCUGAUGUCCUUGUGAAAUGGGAGGUGAGGGCAUGUGCUGAGGAGGGGAGUGGGAAGGGGGCAGCCUGGAACAGCCACUUGGUGGGACACCACUAGGUGUGCGGCGAAAUCCAUGAGAUGAACACAGAAUCCUCGUGUGCAGCAGGUGCCCCCGGAGGCCCAAGUCCCAGUGUCUUCCUUCCUCUUGCAUCCGUUUUAACAGACGUGGACAAGGUGCACUUUGGGCCUGAGAUAAGCUUGGGGAUUGAGACAGGCAGCACAGGGGUAGCGGGUGGCUGUAGAAGCAUCAGGGUGUCUGCUCUCCUCAUCCAAGCUGGAGAUGGAGCUGUGAUCCUGAAUGAGCUGUGAGGGACUGGACAAAUUUUGGAGCUUUGAAAGAGCCCCUUUCCCCUUCUCAGUCAAUCCAUUGGCUUCAGAAUGGAAGAGAAGAGAGCAGCCCACAGAGCUGAAGGUCGCAGAGUCAGUUUCUUCUUUAGCGGAGACACAUUCAUUGUCCGGAAACCAAUAUUAUCUGACAGCAGCAAAUUAGUAGUCUGUGCUGCUGCUGCCAUUGCGUGUCAAGUCUGAGGUUUAUUUAUUGAGCCGAUGAGCGGGGUCUUUCAGGGUCUGUGUGACAGGUACUGAUCUUUGUCACUGUCUGACUCAAGUUUAGCCCUGGCAUAUGUGGAAUUACCGUGUGCAGCCUGCCAGACAUCCCUGUGGGUGUGAGGAAGCCUGUGACACAAGUAUGAUGACCUACUGUGUGACAGGCAUUGUGGGGACAUGAAGGUGAUGGAGAAAUCCCAAGUGUGAUUUUGUCAGUGGAGAGAUUUUAUGGUCUAAAUUUAUUACCCGACUGAUGAAUUGAGGUCCUUACAUGAAUUUCUCAAAGACAACGUAUUUUUAGUUAUUUUGUGUUCCUUAAAGUUCUGUCCCUCUCCAUCCCAUCUUUUAUAUUAUUGUUGCAUUCUGAAUGUUUGGAUCCUUCCUCAAAUUCCUGUGUUGAAAUCCUGACCCCUAAGGUGAUGGUAUGAGGAAAUGGAACCUUUGGUGGGUGAUUAGGUCAUCAGGGAGGGGACUUCAUGAAUGGAAUUAGCUCCCUCAUCAAAGAAACUUCUAAGCGCUUCCACCACAUGGGGACACAGCAAGAAGAUGCCACCAGUGAGAAAGUGGAUCCUCACUAGACAUGGAAUCUGCCGGCACCUUCAUCUUGGACUUCCCAGCCUCCAGAGCAGAAAUAAGGUUUCUAUGGUUUAUUAGCCACGUCUCCUUUGGUACUAACCUGUUAGAGCAGCCCAGACAGAUGAAGAUAAUCGACUCAUGUGAGGCUGAGGACCUUAUCUUUCACACACUCAAGAAAUCCACUUCCACCUCAGUGCUUAUUGUGGGUUCUACGCAGAGUCUACAUUCUAAGAUAAUUGGCUAUUAUAUUUUCUAGGAUUGGAGAACAUCAAGCAAACCACGCUUUUAGAAAAACUCUCCUUCCUUUUACUUGUCAGUAAAGGUAGGAAGUUGAAAAGGGAUAUUAGUGUGUUUAGCAGCCCUCUGCUCCUCUUCCUUUUGAGGUUUAAUCAGGGUGGUUCACAGAUGUUCUGAAUACCAAUUUAGCAACACCAGAUAGUCUCCAAACCUAAUUUUCACUUGGAAUUGCCUUUUAGCCAUACUUUGGGAUAAACAGACACUUAAAGGAUGAUAAGCUGCCUCUGUACAUCAGCUGUUUUAAGUGGACAGCCCUAAGAGGGUUUCACUGGACCUGAGUGAGAGUACAGUAAGUCAUACCUGGUUAAUGUGCACUCCAUUGAUUUGGAGUCCUGGAAAUCAGCAUAGGGAUGAAUAAGCUGCAGUUUCCUUUUUAUAUUCUGAGCACACCCAAAGAAAUUAAUUGUGAAUGAUGGGAACCAAAACUUAAACAAAGGAUGUUUUCCAGUGGCAUGAAGCAUUUCAGAAGCCUUCAUUUACACAGGCACACUAAUGUGCUAUUUAUUUCAUUCCGACCUUUUUAAAACCAGUCCCCAAAUGACCUCAGAUGUACAGCAUUUCAUUAGCCUAGUUGCUGUAUAUAUAGGUUGAGUAUCCCUAACAUGGAAAUCCAAAAUGCUUCAAUAUCUAAAACUUUUUGAGCAUUGACGAUGAUGUGCAAAGGAAAUGCUCAUUGGAGCAUUUCAGAUUUUAGACUUCUGGAUUAGGGAUGCUAAACUGGUAAGUAUAAUGCAAAUAUUCCAAAAUUCAAAAAUAUCCAAAAUUGGAAACACUUCUGGUCCCAAGUAUUUUAGAUAAGGUAUACUCAACCUGUAUUUAGAAGUCACAAAACCAUACAUUUUAAAAGAGUUUGUAAUUCACUGUUGUCUUUUUCAUGAUUUAGGCACUCACCCCUACUAUUAAUUUACCUUAAGGUGAAUUAAUGAGACUUUACUGUUUCACAGUGUAUGGUUGCCCCACGCUUUUAUAUCAUGGAAUAUUGGCCAAUAAGUCACAUCCUAGAAAUGUAGGUAUGGUGGAUUCUAGGCCCUUCUGUGUCCAGAAAGCUGUUGUGAGCCUGCAGAAGAGAAGAAGGUUAUGUAUCAGGUUCCCGAGGAUGGAUGAAGAUGAGGCUGUUAGUCAUUGUGUUUCCUUGCAGAAAACUGCUUACAAUUAAAAGGAAUUUAUAUUUGCACAGAAACACUCAGAAAAGUGACUUUGUUAGCUGUUUUUUUUUUUUUAGGCUGAUCUUUCAGUUGAAAAUAUUUAAUUACUCGAGUUUAUUUUCCCUUUCCUGUUGUGGUUCAUGAAUUUUGCAGCCACCUCCUUUUCUUGACUAAUUACACUGAGCAGUUGUCUGUUGCCACAACUUCUGCCAAACAGCUGUUAUUGUUGAGUGGUAAAAGAAAGAACACUAAUCACAAAAAUUGAUUAUAUCGUAAGAUAUAAAAUAAGUAAAAGAGAGCCCAGUUGGCCUGCUGUUAUCAUCCCUGGCCGUGGGUCUGAUUAUUUACACCCAUGAAAUCAAGUGUUCUGAUUCUGAACAGCCAUUCAUGGAUGCCCUGACAGUAUGUAAUGUAAAUGUGUUUUCUCUUUUGCGGGCCACCAGUCCUGUCACACCCUCUGCGCUCGCUGAGCUUCUUGACCUGUUGGACAGCAGAACGAUUUCUUCAGCAGCAGCUAAACAGGUGUUUGAGGAACUGUGGAAGAGGGAAGGGAAGACUCCAGGGCAGAUUGUUUCAGAAAAGCAGCUUGAACUGAUGCAGGACCGCGGGGCACUGGAGCAGUUCUGCUACUCGGUAAUGGAUGUGAAGAAGGGAAACCCCAGAGCUAUAAAUAAACUGAUCGGAUUGGUCAGGAAAGCGACACUAAACCGAGCAGAUCCAGCCGUGAUCAAGGAAAUCCUGGAGAAGCAGCUGUCAUCGUGAGAUGUUUGGGGUCCCCAUGCCCACGGGAGAAGAGUGUAGCCUGACUGGGAGCAGGAGCCUGUGAAAGCUGAUGCCCGUGUGCCCUGAGAGCUGCAUCUCUCAAUCCCUGGCCUGAGCCACAGUGAUGGCAUUGUGUGUCACCAGUGUUCUUGCCCUCUGGGCCCUGUGCCAGGAGGUGCCUCCACAGCCGACCAGCAGCCACACCCACCUGCUUCAUCCACCUCAGGAGUGGCCCGUAAUGGCUGCAGCAGUGGUGAAGGAGUAACACCUUCUCGUGUUAAGGAAUCUUAAAGUAAAUAAAAUGUAUAUUAGAGAUACUAUUACCCAUUCUAAGAUAACUUCAUUCUGUAGUUCCUUCAACAAAUAUUUUUGAGCAGUUCCUAAGGGCCAGCCAUUAUUGUAGGUGAUGGGCAUUAGCAGGGGUCGAGAGACUGUAAUUUGGAGGUAGUGUUUUCAGGUUAAUGAAGAUGAAAACACAACGAAAUAAACUGGGCCAGUAUAAACACA